AUGAGAGCUGCACUACGUAGUCUAUGCGAGAAGGGAGCAGAAGCUUUGAAACCACAAAAGAUUCUGAAGCCAUCCGUUCAGAUUGAAAGCCAUAUUGCUCAACCGGCAAAACAAAUAUGGCGAAGUCCAAUUGUGUCAAAAAGAGUAGCGAACACAAUUCGGAAGAAGGCCCUCCGAGACGGUACAUACGGUAGCUUUGAUACAGAAACAGGAGCCGGGUGGGAGCCGGGUUGGGAUCUAGUUUUGAAAAGUAGUCAGUAUAGAGUUUCCAGAUAUGGUGGAAUUUUACCGCCAAAGAAAACAUCACGUGAGAGGAGUCGAGAAGAGCGAGCUGGAGAGCUCGAAGAACAUCUCGAAAGCAGAAUGGAGAAGAUUGAAGAAUACUACACAGAGAAGGAAGAAUCCCGAGUGCAAGACAUGUCAUUCGAAGCGCAGUAUAAGCGAUUACUUCGAAGUGGAUCCAAAUAG